AUGGACACAACGUCGAGGGAGGACAGACAGAGCGACUCGGAAAAUGCAAACAGUAAUAGAUCGUCGGCAGACUCAAAGGAUUACCCGAUUUCUGGGGAUGGAAACAACAACAGUGAUGAUGGAAAUCGGGUAGGUGGGGAAGACCCACCGCAUAAUAGUAGUGGUAGUGGCAGUCGCAGUGACGGUGAGAACGGGAAGGAGAAGUACAGCGCGGAUAGCGUUUCACACAAAAGCGAAAAGAAAGAGGAAGAAAAAAAAGAAGUCGAAAUGGUGAGCGAAACGGAGGAAGAAAGUCGCAAAAAAAAAUCCUCCAGAAGCGAAAAAAAAAAAAAGGCACAUAAAAAAAGUGAACACUACAAAAAGUAUUUCACCAAGAAGGACCACCAGGGAGAUUCAUCCAGCAGAAGGAAGGACACCGGAGGCGAUUCCGAUGAGAAUUUUUUUUCUGCAAAAAAAAAAAUUGGCAAAAAAAAUGACGACCGGUGUGCAAAAAGAGGGGAUGAAGUGGACGAAGAUGAUGUUGACAUGUCCAUUUUUAAUGAUGAAAAUGGUGCGUACUCCAUUUUUUCUAGGUCUCCUCAUGGACGCGGCGAGGCCAGGGGACGCAUUCGAAGGAACGUCGCGUCUUCGUCGCCGCGCUCGUCUCGCUCGUCGCGGUCAUCAUUGCAGUCGUCGUCGCGUAGGUCUUCAUCCCAGUCCGCUUCUCCCGCCUCUGCCUCGCGCUCGAGGGGGCACCGGGAAGGUUCCAGUGGGAGCAGCCCGUCCGACCCGGAGAGCACAGGGCGCUACCGCGAUGGGGAUAGCGAAAGUAGUGGAAGUAGCCGAAGUAGGAGGAGUGGUAGAAGUAGGAGUAGGAAAAGUAGCCGCAGUAGGAAAAGUGGAAGAAGUUCGAAAAGCCGGAGAAGCCUCCCCUCCGAAGAAGGAGAAGUGCCUCUCCUAAUUAAUAACAUUAAACAGUUCUGUAGCAAUAUCAUUUCGAACAGAAGGAACGAGUCCGAGGAGGACUUGGCGUCCAGUGCCAUCAACAAAAAGAAGGAGUUCCUAUUGAACAUCCUCUCAAACUCAAACGAAAUGAAUAUAAGGUUAAAUGAGAGCCAUGAAAAGAUACGAGACUUGAAGAAGGACAAGGAAGACAUGAGGAAAAGCGGAAAAAUCAUGAAAAAUAUUUUGAAUCUGGGGGAGAAAAACUAUGCGGAUGAUUCUUAUUAUAGUAAGGCGAACUUUGUAAGUUCGAAGAUUACCCAGGGGGAUAAUCAAACGAUGAGGCCAGCUGGGGUGGUUAGUGACAUGGGGAGAUUGCAGCCCCCAGGAGGGGACGAUACCAUUGGGCAGGGCACCACUACGUACAUACAACCAGGGCAAGUGCAUGAAGAUUUGAAGAGGAAGCAUAAAGUGGAGGAAUUGCACCACAAGGAAAAGUGGGAAAGCAACAAAAUGAGGAACAUAAGUUCAGUGUACGACAAGUACAAAAUAUUACUAACAGAUAUAAAGUCAGGAGAGUAUUUAAACUCGAUAGAGUCAAAAUUAAAUGUGAUAGAAAAUUCUCUCCUGUGCAUGUCAGAUUUACAAGAAGGUGGGACGACAGAUGAUAGAGUGAACGUGAAGAAGAAGCUCACUGAAUUGUUCGACACAGCUGUUGAUCGCUUGUUGGAAAGUUACGAAGACGUGAAGAAGAAAAACGAUGCACAAAAGCUACACAAGGAGCAACUUAACCUGACAUGCGAUUUUAACCUUUUCCUUCGUCUUUGUAAAACCAUGCUCCAUGAUCAACAGAUGGUAUAUAAUAAUAGUAAGAAGAAUAUCAUUUUUUAUAAUAACAUUUAUAAGGUGAAUUAUGUGUUGGGGGUGAAUAGGAACAGGGACAUUUUGUUUAAUUUACAUUGCAGGAGGGGGUACCUGGUCCUAUCGGAACGUGCAGGGGAAGGGAAGAAUAAUACGGUGGAGCAGGAGGGGGUAGUUGAUCGACGCAGGUAUGGCGUAGCACCAUAUCAGCAGCGACAGACCCACAUGUGUUACGAAAAAAAGGGAAUAAUUGAAAGGCUAAACAUUUUGUGGUUUUAUGAGAAAAAAAAAGAGGUGCAUUAUUUGCAUUUAUACAAUUUAAAUAAUUUGAAUAGCAAAGUGAUGUCUGUACCUAUCGACUCUGCACUGGAGUGUAUCGACGUGGUUUUCCUAAACUCGUUUAUCCCCUUGGACUCGUUUUAUAACUCAAUGAAAAACUACUACCUAAUGGUAGUAACCGAGUUAUCUUUUUACAUUUUCAACGUACAUUUGUAUUUUAAUUGUGAAGAGGAUUAUAAUGUGUCCAUCAGUGAGCAGCUCAUAUACCAGAACAUUUACCCCUUCUACUUCAACAUUUAUCUUUUUUUACUUUUUAAAUUAACAAAGGAAGACCAGAAAAAAAAAUUUCAUUUUGUAAAGUCGUUUGAGAAAAGUGAGAGAAUUUUUCUCGGUGCCGAUGAUGGGAACGUGUAUGAGUUUAUAUACGAGAGGGAACAGCUGUUCAAGCCUUUGAGUAUUUUUAAAAAAAUGAUCGUGACGACCCUCAGUGCCGUUGUUAGUGGAGUCAAUGAGGCAUUCUUUUCUCGCAACAGGAUGGAUGAGGACUCGCUGGAUGGAGAGGAGUCGUAUUCAGACGAGCAGAACCGCAGCCUGGGCGGCAGUUACACCCGCAGUUACAGCCGCAGCGGGUCCUUGACCAGCAGCCACCGAAGUAGAAGUCCGCGAAGUAGAAGUCCGCGAAGUAGAAGCGAGCGAACGCGCAGGAGCACAUCCCGGAGUCGCACCUCGCGCACGUCGCGACGGACGCUUGGAAGUAGUCCUCACAAGAGCAGUCCCGAGAGGAGCAGCGCGCGCAGUAGGAGCCACAGCCCCAACGACGUGGCAGGUGCCGCGACGCAGCACCCAGACGAUGAAGAAGACACACUAAACGAGGACAGCAAGAAUAUUUACUGCGACGACAUUCAGCAAGUCCCCGUGAAAUAUCAUUUGAAGAAAAUAAUUAGUACGUACUUUAUAAAAUAUUUUGCCUUCUUUAAAAAUAAUGUGAGGAAAAUGCUAGUGGACAAUGAAAGAUCCAUUUUGUACGUGCUAUAUGAGAAUAGCGACCUGUAUGUGAAGCUCCUACACAAUAAUGUGGCUGGGGGCAGCUCCAGGAAUUAUUUGUCUGAAACGAUUAUCUUCACCAAGAGCGACCUCGUGUCGGAGAUGAGUAACAUUUACUUCGUGGACGACAACUGUUUUGGGUGUCCCGAGGGAUUUGUGGGUGUCCCUCCUGGUGAGGCGUUUUACGGUGGUAUGGCGGGGCGACCGGUGGGUACAAACUUUGGCAGCAGUUUUGGAAGUAGCAACUUUGGCAGCAGCAAUUUUGGAAGCAGCAAUUUUGGAAGCAUCAGCCUUGGAAGCGGUGCCCCGCAAGGGAAGGCUUCCGAAGCGAACCGCUUCUUCUACCCAACGAACCUAGAGCACAGCGUGCUGAACAAGCUGAGCAUCAUUGACAUGCACAUAAAUCACCUGCACGAGAGAAGCAACGUAUGUCUGAAGCUUGUGGACAACAAUUGCAACAUCUACUACCUGUGCCUUGUGAGGUCUCCUGAAACGAACUCAUACAAAAUUGUCCUCAAGGACUUCCAGAAUUUCCCCCACAAAAAGGGGCUACAGAUUAAUGAUAAGGAACGCAAUAUUUUGUUCACGCAUCAUUUGAAGAAUUUAUUUGUCGUUCUUAAGAAGAGGAAGGUUAAGGUGCGGGAUGCACGAGGAGAAAGAGAGGAGGGCGGGAGGGUCUCCGACAUACCUACCGGUGUGGAGAAUAACAACAGGAAGGACUCAAGAAUGGAUAGGCAGCAGGUGGAAGGAAGAACAGGUAGAGAUCCCUUUGUGCAGACGCGUCAUAUGGGAAGGUUCCCUGUUAGGGGUGGUGGUGGUGGCCCCAUGAAUGGAGUUAGGUACGGACCCAAUUCACACGACUUUGCAGAAGGGGAUAGGAGAAGGAGAGGGGAAGCGGCCCAAGAGGGUUAUAGCGAUGGGGGAAGCAUGCACGAAGGGGGUAGCAGCAGCGACUACGACAGUGAUGGGAAGGGUGGCUUCCAUGCAGAAAGAGGCGAAAGGGGGAACAGGAAGCAGGAGCGAUUUUCUUCCUCAUCAUCUGCGCCACCCCCACACCCUUGUUACAAAUUGAAGUUACUAACCACCUGCGACGAAGGUAGUGACCAAAGCAUAGGCAUGAACCCAACCCAAUCGUCUACCUCAAAAAAAAAUAAAUUCCUCUUUAGGCAGUCCAAUGAGUAUUAUAUAAACGAAGAAAUUAUUGCAAUUUUAUAUAAGAAACGUAAUUCAAAUUUUCAUGGGUUUUUUGAGCAAUCGCAGAAGAGCAAUAUUAUUAAGGACUUUUACCUAGACAAGAUUAGACGCGACAGCAUCAACCGCCUGGGCUCGAAGAAUGAGCACAACGCGAUGAGGAUGGGUUAUGGAGGCAACUUCAACCCGAUGAGUGGUCCCCUGAGGGGAGGCGAUAGUGGGCAGCCAAUGUACUACGGGGGGGGUCCCCCCCCUACGCUCAGCACAGGAGGGGUUAACAGAGUUAGCGGCGUGGGAGGGGUAAGCGGGGUAAGCGGGGUAAGCGGGGUAAGCGGGGUAAGCGGCAUGGGAAGUAUUAGCGGCCCUGGAGGGGUUAUCGGGGUUGGCGGCGUGGGUAGUCUUGGCGGGGUCAGCGGCGUUGGCGCGCCGAACUACUACGACAGCAACUUCCUCAUGAACAAUAACAGCUUCUUCUUCAAGGACGACGGAGGAGACCACCCCCGAAGGAGGUCCAUGAUGACUGAGCAGGCCCCCGGACGAUUGGAAAGCAUACCCCCCUUCUUCUUAAAUGAACACACCGUCAGUGAGUACCACGACUACUACGACCUGAUCAUAAUCACCAAGAAGCGAAUCUAUUACAUUAGCCAAAAUAGCCGCACGCAAAUGAUAGAAAAAAUGGUGAAUCAUUUUAUAACGUAUAAAAUGACCUCGCAGAACAGAAACAUAAAAUGUGUGCUUCUGAAUGAGAGGCGAAUGAGAGAGGGGAACAGUGUACCUGGUGGGGCCAAGUUGGAGGAUGAUACUGUUACGGGGAGAUCUCCACCGGCAAUUGGGACCACCGCUGUUGCAACUGCUGUGCCGACUGCUAUGCCGACUUCUAUGCCAAAUGCUACCGCGGUGGGCGUCACUGGAGGCAGUCCCUCCGCUGCGCUGAGCGACCCGAGCCAUACCGAAAUGGCCUACCACUACUACGUAAACCAGAUCAUUAAAAUGGCGUCGAGGGAUGAGUUCUUGUAUGUCAUAUGGACCAUGUUGUUGAAUCACGUGUAUAAAUACGAAAUAAUGUGUUUCAACAACGUGUAUAAUACUAGUGGGGGUAGGAAAAUGCUUCGAGGGAGGAGUUAUGGGUAUCACCAGGACUAUGGUGAGGGGAGUGAUCAAGAUGAAGACGGGUGGUACUACCGCCAUGGGGAUACUUCCAUGCAGGGUAUGCACAGGAAAGCUUAUGGGCAAAUGAACAGACGAGGAGAUUAUUACGGACAUCCUUCUUCGUACCCAAAUCAGAAGGGAAAGAAGAAGGAACAAAGAGCUGUUCACUUUGAAGGGGGGUUAAAUGAACAUGUAAGAGGAGCUACGUCUUCUCCCUCUGGAGCAACUUCAAGAAGACGAAGAAGAAGACGUGGUCAUAGCGGAAGCAACAGUAGUACGAGUAGCACCAUGGGAGGAAAUGAGUAUGGAAGAAUGAAACAAACAGGACAUAGGAGAAGUGGAAGGAAUCAAAUAGAUUAUGACAUUCUUAAUAAAAUUUAUAGGCCGACCCCUUUCAAAUUUGGCUUCCUGGACAAGGACGCUGACUACAUCAUCAAGCAAGGGAAGCUUCAACGGGCCAUGGAGCUCGAAAUUAAAACGAGAAAAAUUAAAGGAAUAAAUCACCUGUUUGAUGAUACCAUGAAUAAUUUGGAAGGGGCAGAAGAAGGAGAUGAACAUGAAGAGGAAGAAGAAGGGGAGAACGAAAGAGGUGGUGGUGGUGAUGGAUGGAGGGGUGGAAGGUCUCUUCGCAUGUUGAAGGGUGACCCUGUUAUAGACCCUUCCAGUGAGAAAUUGCUUCAGAAUAAUUCAGGCUACUACAACUUGUUCAAUGUGUGCCAGAAGAGACCCAUGAGGGAAAAGCUGCUAGAAGCGGAGAGGAACCGAAGUGGAAAUUUUGCCUUUGAAUAUUUAACGAACAAAAAUUUUGACAUUUUUUUUUUGAAGACGGUAAACAUGUACCAUAAUUCUCUGCACGUUUUGUCGAGGGGGUUGUUGCUGCUGCUCAGUCGUCUGCUCAAACCAAUUAUGUUUAUUCAUUUGUUUUCCUAUGAGAGGUACCGCGACACGCAUGUGUUUAAGUGCGCGGGGCGGACCGUCGGUCGAGGUGUGGACGGGCAAGCUGCGCGUGGACAAACUGGUCGCGGCCAAACGGGUCGUGGACAAACGGGUCUGGGCCAAGCGACUCGCGGAAGAAGUGCUGAUAGGCGAAGUGUGGGAGGCCCUUGGAAGGCGAGGAAAGUGAUGCGAAGGGGGGAAGGGGCCAGGGAGGACGGCAACGUAGGCAUCUCAGUCAUUUCCAACGAGAGGCACGAUGAAAAUGAGGAGUCCUUUUACAGCAUGAAAGAUUUUUGCAUCAUCAGAAUGAAUGACGAAGAUAUGUACUCGAAGAAGAAGAGGAAGAGAAGUUGGUACGAGGGAAACGACGACAUAUACAUACUAACUGGAAAUGUCCCUCUAGACUGUUGCCUCAAUUUGAUAGAAAAAUUAAAGUGCCUAAAUCUAUGCGUCAGCAUCAUCCUGACCACUCUUUUAAAAAAAAAAAAACAUUUUUCAGAAAAAAUUAAAGGACUAACAGACCCCUCUAUUGCAAAUGUGUACUCAGACUACACUGUCCUAAUGACAAAUGAAGUAAAUGAAUUUUAUGCCAUUUUGAAUUUCAUAAAUUUUAGUAUCGAGUACUUGCUUAUCUAUUCCAUCCUCAUUUGUGAUUAUUAUAAGAACAAGACGAUCAUGAGAAAAAAAAAUAUUGGGACGAAUCAAAACUUCCUUUAUCUGCCGAGCACCCUGUUCGAUCUACUUAUAAAAUGCAAUUUUAUGAAGACAUAUUUGAGUAAAACGUAUAGGGAUAUUUUGAAGCAAUGUCUUUUUAACAUUAUAAAAUCGGGCAAGUAUAUCCCUGUGGAAUUUUUCCAAGGGUAUAUAAUUCACAAAAAUGAAUUUUUGGCUCUAUUUUUGAUUAAGAAGAUUGAGGAGGAGGUUUACAUGAAGAAAAAAAUGAAGAUAAAAAAUGAUUAUGGAGUUUUUCGUGGUUCAAGUGGGGGGCCGGGUGGUGCACGUGGUGUGGGUGCAGGUUUCCUCAAUGGAGACGGUAACAAUGGUGGAAGUUUUUUUCCUAGUGGAAGUGGUGUUGGGAGAGAUAUUUCCACGCUGGACAAAUUUGACGAUUUACUUGCUUCAGAAAAACGGGCAGAACAUUUCAUACACGAAAAUUUGAAAGAUGCCCUCAUCAGUAUCAACAUCUUUAAGCUAAUUAUACUUUUGUACAAAGCGGACUACUACCGGUGUGCAAGUACACUGAUCAGUUUGUACAUUGAUGAGUAUAAUAAGAAACUGGUCAUGGAAGGAGGGAAAAAGGGAAAGAGGGAUAAGUUUAUUGAAAAAAAAAACACUUCCUGGUUAACACAUGAAAUUUUGUUUUGUCACCCAAAUGGAGAGAGCUCCACUAGAAAAAGAAUAUCCGUUCUAAUGAAUAAUAUGGAUCUGGAAUACACAUAUGAUUACUUUGUGCUAUUUGAAAAUUGUUUCUUCCCCAUUGAGAAAAUUGUACAUGUGAAUUAUACAAAAUAUUUACUCAAGCAUAAUGAAAAAAAAAAAAAAAAAAUUAAAACAUUUUUAACAACCCUACUAGAAUAUUCGAGCGAUAUUAAUUUGCACUUUUUUAUCUUUAACCUCAUUUUGUACAAAUGCGAUAAUCAGUUUCCUUGUCCCAUCUCCGACCUAAGAAUAUCUCCUCACCUUUACUACUUCAUUAAGCUCAAUGACAUGAAUAUACCAGAUGCUUAUGUGUAUUACUUUUCAGAAAGGAAAUAUCAGGACAUGGUAAUUUUUUACGCCAGACAAAGUUUUUGUGCGUGGGGCGAUCCUCACCCGGGGAAGCCCACCUUGAGGACUCUUUAUCAGAGCGAGGUGCAGGGCAGGCCCCAUCCGGAUGAGAAGCAAACGGAGCAGCAAAUGGAGAGGCAGAAGGAGAAGCAGAAAGAGAAGGAGAAGGGGGGGCGGGACGCCCACGCGAGGAAUCACUCGUUGGGGAAGGAAGGCACCAUUCUGGGUGACAAGGACCAGCGCACCUUUCUCAAGGGGGAGUCGCGCCCGGUGGCACCCGCGCCCUUGGGGGGAGACGCCAUCAGUGCUAAUCACUCAAGCGGUGGACAAGGCAGAGGAGAAUUCACUACUGGGGAAGCAGUUGAGAUGGAACCCACAGUGGACUACGACCCAUACAGCAGCGAACUGCUUGCCGAACUGGCUCAUAACAAUUAUAUAUAUGAGAACCACUUCAUUGGAAAUAGCUACCUGAUGUCGAACCCUAUGUAUACGCAUGAGACGAAGGAAAUUUUUAGUAGCAUUUACCGGUACCUCUACUCCAUCUUGUCUUACCCGAGCUUAAAAAAGAGAAUCGAGUUUGUGGAGUGCUGCAUGAGGGCGAAGAUAUUCAUCAUUCAGUACAGCGCGAGGAGUUUGAAGGGGACGGGUUUACACAAGAACACGUUCCUGAGUGAGUAUCUAGAUGUGUAUGCGCGUGGUGGGGGAUUAUCCCAAGGAGGAGGAAGGAAGAGAGAAGGCAACGGGGUUGAUGAUCGAGGAAGUGAACGAGCGAAGAAGAAGAAGGCUUUACAUGAGCUACUAAACACAAGUGUGGCUUUGAAGAAGGAAGUUAUAAAAAAUUAUUACGCAAUAGAUAAUGGAAUAAAAUAUGACCCAACGUUUGCAAACACCCUGAAGAAAUUGAUUAGAGAAAAUAAUUGCUUUUUCAAACCGAAGGAAGAUUAUUUACAGAAACAAAGCACGUACUUUUUACACCUGAAGGAGAUAAAGAAAUGUAGAACGGCAUUGAAUUAUCAAAAGUUACUUUUCCACGAAAUAAUAAAUUUGUUUGUUUUUUAUGUGUAUAAAUUUUGCAGUUGGGAUAUGGUGAAAAAUUAUUUUCCCGUUUUGAUGAUCGGAACGAAAGAAGAUUUAUUACAGGUAUUGACACAUUUAGAAAAUAUCAACAGAGAAGAAAUUGAUAUUGUAAAAAAAUCCUUCUCCAACAUGUAUGCAUAUUUAUCAAAAAGUAAAUUUGAACAUAUAGAUGAUGUGAUUACAGAUUAUAAUUAUAAAAUUAGUAAUCACCUGAACGGCAAGGUAAAUUUGAUUCGAAUUGCAGACAUUGUGGAUACGUUCAAAGAAUAUUUAUUUAUAAUUCAGAAAUGUAUUCAUUCAAAAGAGGAAUUAAAGGACAAGAUAUUUUUCAAUAGUAAAUUUCUUUUUCAGAAUUUUUUACCAUCGUUUAAUUUGCUCAAGUUAAUAAUUUUGUGUGACAAGAAAAAGGAAAAAAUAAAAAAUAUGAACACGAAUUGCUUUUCAACAGUAAAUCAUAUGAUCAAAAAUGACACCUCCAAAUGUAGUGCUCGUACAUUUGCUAAAUAUUCUUUUUACUUUGAGAGGUUACUUGACUUUGCCUUUUCCCUCUCCAUUACUUUUGAAAAUGUUAGUUUCGUUAUUAAUUAUAUUGGCGAUGUGAUUAAGUUGAAUGAUAUAAAAUUUAAAAAUUGCCUCUACCUCCUCGUUACGGUGAAAUUACACAAGUUCAUGAAUAAUCUGUUUGAAAUGCAAAAGGUUAGGAGUCUUUUGAAGAACAAGGUGGAGUUGUUACGGAAGAGACAGCAUAGUAGUGUGGAACCUCUACGCCUGAUUUAUUUUUUGAAUUGUGUGCCUUUAAUAUAUUUGGACCCCCAGAUGAACGUCAUUUUGAUUAAUGAGUCAUAUGAGUACACCAUGAACCAGGACAAAAUUAUUUUCUCCAAAUUAUCUCCCUUUUCGCUCGUUUCCAAGGCCGUCAACCACAAACUCAGGAGCGUGUACUCGUACCACGACUACACGGACAACUAUAAUGGGGAAGGGCAGGGCGAUGAGCGAAGUGACGAGCAGGGGGGACAAGACGGCGGACGGGAGGACGGGACAGACCACACGAAUGAAGACACCGGCAUGACUUCCGCAGAGGACUUCCUCACCAAGAAGAUCCAGCGGAACAGCGCAGCCAUCGACCGCAAUGACAGGAAGGCCCUCUACCACCUGUACAAUGUGAACUACUGCUUUAACGAAAAUGAUUAUGGUUACACCUCCGUUCGUGGAGGCUCCAACGGUGUGAAAGGUGCCCCCAACUCUGCUGCUCCCCCUACCCCGGAGCUAAUCGUCUUGACAUACAAAAACUACUGUUCCUAUAUCGUGUGGAUUGCUAACCUUCUCCUUAAUCACAAAAUUGAAUACAAGGCGUUGAUUAAUGUAUAUGUAAAGAUACAAAGCAAUAUAAAACACCAGAAAGCGUCGCAGAUGGAAGAACAUGAAAUUGCGGUUGUACUCUACUACCUCUUCACCAUGUGGAUAAAUGGAGACAAGAAUAAUUGCUCUUUCUUUUUUUACAAUGAGGAAAAGAGUUUUAAUGAGCAGAAUAGCAUUGGCUGUUUUUUGAAGGACAAGAAUGGGCAAAUCGAGUACAUAAACAACUGUUCCCUGAUCACUUUGUUGAAGGAACUUUUAUCCCGAGCGGAGUUUUAUUUCGAGUACACCUCAGAUGCAGCUUCUCGCAAUUACGACAUCAGCUGUGUCAUUUUGGAUCCCUCCAUAUAUGACAAUCACAAGGUCAGCAAAUCUGCUGUGGACAUUUUGAAGAAAUUUUUUGAUAGCAUUUAUGUGACCUUUAAUGAGGUCAUGGGGAAGGUGCCCCUGCUCAACCACAUCGUGGAGUUCCAGGCCAUCCAGGCCUUCCUCAAGCGCUUCAAGGUCUACUUGGAGGAGAUCGCCUGCAGGAUCACGCUCAGCGAGGGCCCCUUCGCGUGA